ACAUGCUUCGUCACCAUCAACUUGUUUUUCAAACCUUAAAGAGCUCUUCCUGUGGUCUUGGUUGCCUGGUUUCUGUAAACAAUAGUCUCUUCCUGGGACACCGGGAGCUGACCGAUGCGCCUUCGACCAGGAGCACGAAAAGGACGACACGGAUGGUUUGAGCCUGCUAAUUAGAGAUUUUAUAGGUUUCAUUUUUAAGAUAAAGAAGAAUGGCGACUGGGCAUAUUUUGCCAGGGUAUGGAGAUCCUGUGUCAAAACUCAGACGUGCUCGUUCAGCUGGAUGUUAUCCUUUGGACAAUUCCUCACUGUUGGACCUUCAGAAUGCUGCCCGCUUAACAGAGCGAGAGUUUGAACAGAUUCGCCAGAAUGCUAGAAAUAUAUGGUUGAAAACCUCCCCUAGAUCAACGACGUAUGAUACAUUCUACUCUGGCGGUGAAGUGAGGGAAAUCACAAAUCCCCGUCCGACUUCCAGCCAUCGGCACAACAAUCCUCAUCCUCCACAGGUGUUCUUGACAAACAGGCUUCACUAUAUAGAAGGCUACCACAAUCCAGAUACCACAGUGGGCAAGAGUAUGUACAAAAUUGAUGCAAGUCUGAGUAAAUCUGAGCAAGAGAGACGAAGGGCACCACGACUCAAAUAUAUAGCUCGUCCUGACUCUGCGCUCGUCAAUCAGUACAAAGAUCCAUUUGGUUUCCGAAACCACUUACCACCGCGACAAGCCCAGGCAGCUGAGGCAUGGGUCAAACUUGCUGACGAUGCAGAUCGAGAGCGAAUCCUAGAUGUGGUCAAGGAGCAGGGAGAAGGGAACCAGCCGCAGGAGGAGGAUGCUGAGAACAGACCCAAAAGUGCGUACCCUUCUUUGCACAGAUGGAUGAAGUUUAGCGGAGCUGAAGAAUACGACUCGACCUCUCGGAUUGUUCAGACCCUUCAGUCCGAUCCUCUUCGCCAGAAUGGGUUCACGGGUUCUCUACCACACUACAGCCUAGGCCACAAAGCCAGGGAGGACAUCCGGUCAGCAGGCAUGUAUCGCUUCAAGCCUCGGCUCCGAAGAGGGGAGUACAGCAUGCAUCCUGACUGGCCCACCUCUCUGCCCCACCACAAAGUGCCAUAGAAAAGAGAUCCAUGUUUUCAAUCAAGAAGAAAAAAACUAGGCCUUGCCUGUAUAAAUUGUAAAAGACAACUUGUACUUUCCAAAGGAGUUUGUACAAAUGUAGGAUUAUCAUUAUUUUAGUACAAAGUACUUGAACUCGAUAUGACUGAAUAAUAUGUCAUUUUAAUUGCUCUGUCCAUUUAUUUUCUUGGAUCUUUUUCAUCUUUCUUUUCCUCCUCCCCCCAACUUAAAGUAAGGCAUGGCUAACAGGAGGGUCACAUGGCUUCUGGACAGUGCUAUGUGUUGUUAAAGGUACUGACACUUAGAUUGAUGUAGGCCUAUAUACCAACCAAGGUUCUUCCAUUUCGAAUGGGGACUAACUGAAUUUUUUCUUGGGCAUCUGACUUUAGCAGACCUGCUCUUCUUCAACCUUUUAGAA